AUGGUCUACAGUUGGGAACAAUACAAGCAGACAUGCCGUCAACUGUACAUCGACGAGGGCAGGUCCCUCGACGAGAUUAUGGCGCAUAUGAAAACCGUUUAUAGAUUCGCGCCGAGCAAACGAUCCUACCAGCACCAGUUUCGUCGCUGGGAAUUUCCCGGAAAGAUGCGUCCGCGACACCACAAGAACGACGAGCUUGUGAGGCGCGUCAAGGAGCUGUGGGAGAAGAAUAUAUCCCAGCGUGAAAUGCUGCGGAUUUUGACCGAAGACGAUGGCUUCGACAUUAGGAACAUUGAGCUGAGCCGUCUGCGCUCGAGAUUCAAGCUGCUGCUGCGUUCCAGGAACGGCGAUAAGCAGAGGCUCACCGAGGAGGACAUGGACGAUGACGAAUCGGCGACCGACUCGCCACCCUCUCCUCAGCACGCGCCGGGGACGGCUGGGGCUCGGCAGCACCCGAGCCGUCCCGGCGGCGGCAGAAAAAGCGUGGGCAAACGGAGCAUGAGAAAAUCGACCACUGUGCCGUCUGGCAUGUUGAUACGAUAUCCGUCCGAAACGACGCUUACCGAAACCCGUCGCAUCCUGAACCUCGACACGAACGCGUACUGGGCCCUCCGAACCAACUUCCAUCGCAUCUGCCAGGAGGAAGGCGUGUCGAAAAAGACGCUCGCCGGAGAGACACGAUGGGAGGCCCUCAAGAACCGGCUCAUCCAAGAGUCACCUCACCUCCGAAGCCAGAUGUCGGCGGCCAAUGGCGCCGGUGAGCGGAAGAAGCUUGCGCUCGACAUCGUAUGCACAGAUGUCACCAAGAGGCUGCGCAGCCUCGAGUCGCGAAUGACGCUCGUCGAGGCCAAGAUGUAUUUGGAGAUCAACCCGGAGGAGACGCGGCAGAUGAGGGCGGCACUGCACAAGGUCCUUUGCGAGCUCGGGCUGACCACCAAGAUCGAGACCACCCCGGACCAGUGGGAAGACGUGAAGCAGCGAUGGGGCAAGAAGUCGGCCGUUGCGCAGCGAAUCCUGGACAACGCAGCUAGCGAUGCCGAGUCGCAGAAGAAGAUUCGCGCAUUGGAUUUCGUUGCCAAGGAUGUCCUGAAGCGGUUGCGGGACGACGAAAGGGGGCGCAAGCAAGGGAAGCAGUCAUCCUUGCCGUCGGCCAUCAAUCCUCGACAACCUAUACCGCAUGAUACGUCAAUGGAUGUGCCACGGGAUGUGCCCAAGGAUGUGGACGAUUCAGCGUAUGAGUCGUUCGAGGUGCCUGGGGCAUCCUCUCCCCUGCACAUGAGCUUCGCCAGCCCACCGCGCAUGACUUUGGCGAUGCAGUCGAUGUCGAGCUCGGCGUCCCCCUGCGGACCACCUCCGAUCCCCACUCUUGGGUCUGGGGCAACUCUCGUCGCCAUGGGAUCGCCGACGGCAUCUCCGCUCGGAUUCGGGGCAAACCCGCCAGCAUCUUUCGUCAACGAGUCAUUAUUGGCCGCCGCGAGGUCCGCACCUCCGUUCCAGCACACGGCACCAUCCGCUGCCUGCGCAGUCUACCUUCGUCUGCACCCGUCCUCGGGGAUCAUGACGGAUGCAGGCCUCUGGGUCGCGACGCUGGGGUCCCAUUCCGUCGAGGAAGUUCGCCGGGCGGCGGCCGAGAGGAUCCCCGGCGCCGUGUGCGUGCUGGUCGAGGGGAUCCUCAAGGACGGCAAGGGGUGCGAGCUGCCGCUGCCCAUCGCCGACGAUGAUCAGCUUAGUGCCUACAUGUCGCAUCUGCAGGGAGCGGCGCCGACGUUGAGCGUCCGGUUGGUCUGGAAGGAAUGA